CUAUUUGAGGACCAUAUUGGUCAUUUUCUCUGCCUUUCGACGUUUUAGUCUGAAAUUUCCCCCAAAAGGCAAAAAACCGCCAUGAAAAUCUCUAAGUGAAGCUCGAAGAAACUAGAAUUUUCAGAAGCUUGUAGGUGAGAACAAGUCCAAAAUUGUGGUAAUGAAGGGAUUAUUAGGGAGAUUGAUAACUAGAGCGAAUCUCCGCAGCUGUAGAUUGUUAACAAAACCCUAUGCGGAAAAUGGUUCACUUUCCACAUCUCGUCGAUUUCUAUAUGCUUUAUCUUCCAAAACGCCGUAUGCGUUCUCUGAUUUCACUUCGUUAAAGCCUUCGCAGUGUGCUUCUUCAAGUCCUUCCUUAUGGAGUCAUUUCGUAGGCCAGCAGAGGACCAUGUUUAUCCAAACCCAAUCAACUCCUAACCCUUUGUCCCUAAUGUUCUAUCCUGGGAAGCCGGUUGUGGAAGCUGGGAGUACAGACUUUCCAAAUGCUCGUUCUGCCAUGAAUUCCCCUCUGGCGAAGGCCCUCUUUGGAAUAGAUGGGAUUACACGUGUAUUUUUUGGAUCGGAUUUUAUUACUGUAACAAAAAGUGAAGAAGCUUCCUGGGAUUUCCUCAAACCUGAAAUAUUUGCAGCAAUUAUGGAUUUCUAUUCUUCUGGGAACCCAGUGUUCCUCGACUCCAGUACUGCAGCCUCCAUGGACACAGCUAUCCAUGAGGAUGAUUCAGAAACAGUUGCUAUGAUCAAGGAACUUUUGGAGACUCGUAUUCGCCCAGCUGUACAAGAUGAUGGUGGGGACAUUGAAUACCGUGGAUUUGAUCCGGAUACGGGAGUAGUCAAAUUGAAAAUGCAAGGAGCAUGUAGUGGUUGCCCUAGCUCAUCAGUUACACUUAAAUCUGGUAUCGAGAAUAUGCUCAUGCAUUAUGUGCCCGAGGUUAAAAGUGUGGAGCAGGAACUGGAUGAAGACGAACAACCUGCAUUAACUGGGGCAUCAUUCGAGUAGUAAUGCUGUUAUAGCUUCCUUCAGUUGAUUUGGUGACAGAGAGAUCUCAAUCAGGGGAGGCAGGACUUGUUCAUGCUCCUCCAUGGGAAGAGCGAGUAAAGUUGAGUGCACCAGUUUCUUGUAUCUAUAAACUUUAUAUGAUUCGAAAAUUGUAGUUGGGUAGUUGUUUUAAAGACAUUCAAAUAAAUAGUUUCGGCUAUACGUUUAGCUGGAUUUCAGGUUUAAGCUCCACAUGAGACGGGACAACUGAUUGCAGCAAGUUCCUUAAUGAGUCUAUAAAAAUGCAGAAGGGCAUAUAUAUAUGCACAAGUUUUUUAAAGUUUCUAACCAUUUGCUUAUG